AUGAAUUUGAGAAUUAAAAUUCCAUCUAAAUUGUUUUUAAAUAAUUUUAAUCAAAAUAAAAUUAAAAUCGGGAAAAACUCCCACCGACCGCAGCAGGCACUGUGGCACAGGCAGCUACAGUCAAACCUCCUUGGCGCCUUCACUUGGGCUCGUCGUCGUCCGGCCGCGCAGCGCCGCGCGUUACUCCACAGCGUGGAGUCCACACCACCGCAAGCAUAUAUUAUAUAUAUAUAUAUAUAUAUAUAUAUAUAUAAAGAGAGAGAGAGAGAGAGAGAGAGGGAGAGUGGGACGGAGGGAGAUGGCAAGGAGGCGACUGCUCUUGCUUCUGAAGCCCUUGGACGUGUACCCUGCUCGUCAGUCCAACGGCACUUCUCGCAUCAUCAACCCUCAGGUUUUAAGUUAUCUAGAUGACAGGUGUAAGGUUCACAAGGAUGCCAUAAACUUUUGUCAGGAUGUUUUGGGGAAGAAGUUGGUUGACUGGGAGCCAAUUUUACGUAACAGUCUAUCACAUCCAAUCCGCAAUGUGGACCUUGUUGUUACUGUUGGAGGUGAUGGAACUCUUUUGCAGGCCAGCCAUUUCAUGGAUGAUUCAAUCCCAAUUUUAGGCGUGAAUUCUGACCCUACACAAGUUGAAGAGGUGGAAGAGUUCAGUGACAAGUUUGAUGCUACCAGAAGCACAGGCUAUCUUUGUGCAGCAACUGUCAGAACUUUUGAGCAAGUACUAGAUGACGUCCUGGAGGAUCGAGCAGUCCCUUCUCGAUUGUCAAGGAUCUCAAUGUGUGUAAACUCACAGCUGCUGUCAACAUAUGCCCUUAAUGAUGUUUUAAUUGCACAAAAAUGUCCAGCUACAGUUUCUCGGUUUUCAUUCCGAAUUAGAAGGGAUGACCAGCUAUAUUCUCGUAUGGUGAACUGUCGAUCAAGUGGCCUCAGGAUUUCCACAGCGGCUGGAUCAACAGGUGCAAUGCUCUCAGCAGGCGGAUUUAAAAUGCCCAUACUAUCACGGGAUCUUCAGUAUAUGGUAAGAGAGCCUAUUUCCCCUAGAGAAGCUGAGUCUCCCUUAAUGCAUGGUCUAGUAAGAUCUGACCAGUCUAUGGAAGCUACCUGGUUUUCUAAAGAGGGUGUAAUAUACAUUGAUGGUUCCCAUGUUUUUUAUGACAUCCAGCACGGAGAUACAAUUGGAAUAUCUACUGGUGCCCCGGAUUUGAAAGUUUUCUUGCCUCAACAUCUGUUAUCAUAGAAUAUGUGUAAAUAGUCAAAGCCAUGUAAAAAUACAUCCAAAGAAAUAAAAAAAUUUUGCAAUGAUAGUGAUCUUGCAAGUAUAGGAGAUUUUUUAAAAUGUAAUCUUUGCAGGAAAUAUUUUACUUUUAUUGCUGCCAGCCUGUCCCUUGAAAAGAAAGUUUUUGUUUGGGCGGCAAACUUGUAAGUUGGGCUCAUCAUACUUCAGUUUUGUUUUGUUCUUCGGCAGAUGCAAUGGUUGUAGUUGAGACUCCUUUGUAAGCAAGUUGAGAAUUUGCCCAAAAUUUUACAUUACAUUUGCUUCAUGAA